AUGUCGUUUUUGGAUCUUGAGGCGCAUCCCGGGGAGCGCGGGGCGGGGACGAUAGCCGCGCCGGCUGCGGUGCAGGACGGCGAGGUGAUCGGGCUUCUCACCGAGCUCUCCACGCAGGUGCAGAACUUGCGGAAGAAGGUGCAACUGCUCGGCACGGCGCGGGACGACCACACACUUCGCAACAGCAUUGAGAGCGAGGACAUCCCGCGGUGUGAGCAACUCCGCGACCGACUCCAGUCGAACCCGCGGCUCACGGGGCGAGAUAAGUACGUGUCGGACCUGCACUGGCUCACGGUGGAGCUCCUCCAGUUGAAGCGGAACUACCAGAAGCGGAAGCUCGGGUCGCCGCUCCGCAGCAAGAGCGGCGCGGCGGACGGCGGCGCGGCAGCGCCGCCGGGACACGCGCCUCCGCACGAGGAGCCCGGGCGCAACAGCUACGUGUCGAUCCAGGUGCGGUCCGACGAGCGCACGCCGCUCCUGGCGCAGCAGCAGAUACUGCGGCAGCAGGAACAUGUGCCGCAGGAGGAGCUCGACUUCCACUCGUUGAUACAGGAGGUGCGCAGCCAGGAGAUCUCCAACAUCCACACGCAGGUCCAGGAUGUGAACGCCAUCUUCAAGCAGUUGGGUACCUUGGUACAGGAACAGGGAAAACAGGUUGACACCAUCGACAGCAACAUUAACGGCCUUACCUCGAACCUGCAGGGCGCUAAUCAGCAUCUUCGUAAAGCCGAGCGUUAUCAGCGCCAGCGCAACAAAUGUGGGACCCUCACACUCUGUGUCAUUGCAGUGGUAACGUUGGUUGUCGUCUUGGCUGCGCUUAGCUGA